AUGUAUAUACAAUUACUGAAAGAGAUAUUUCUUCAAAUGGAAGGCGAUGAUAAUGCAAAGAAAGAAUUAUUUCAAUUUUGUCGUAAAACGAACAUAGGCAUACCAAGAAGAAUGAAAAUCAUCGGCGAAUUUGAAAAGUAUUAUGAUACGCAUACACCCAUCUGGUGGUACACGAGAGAUUGUUUUAUUCAUGGCAUGAUUAAUCGAGCAUUAAGAUUACAAGAGAUUGAUGCUAUUGUUCAAACGAGAUUCUUUAUACAAGACCUUCAUCAACAAAUCGAACGAUUGUACGAACCGCCAUCUAAAAGAUUGACCCUUUAUCGAGGUCAAGGACUACCGUACGGAGAAUUUCAGCAAUUACAUUUGUUGAAAGGUGGUCUUUAUACGUUUCAUUCUUUUCUAUCGACAACUCUAGAUCGGAAUACAGCUCUUACGUUUGCUCAAAGCGCUCGACAGGAUCCUCGCUUGAUUGGUAUUGUCUUUCAUAUAAAUAUUGAUCCUGUCUCUAUCAAGUCUGCUGUAUUCGCUUCAUUGGAUAAUGAGAGUUAUUACAAAGUGGAAAACGAGUUUUUAUUUACUAUGUAUACGGUAUUUCGAGUCGGAGAAAUAAUACAACUUGAACCAGAAUUGUGGCAAGUGGAACUCUCACUAACAAGUGAUAAAGAUAAGGAUUUAAAGAAACUCGCUGAAGAUAUUCGUCAAGCAACACAAGGAUCAACAGGAUGGAACCGACUUGGUAAAUUGUUGUUGGCAAUAGGAAAGUUCGACAAAGCUGAGGAAGUCCUCCAGAUACUUAUCGACAAAUCAUCCGAAGAUGAUUUAGAAGGACUUGGCCAUCUUUAUCAUCUAAUGGGAUCAGUUAAAGAAAAUAAAAAGGAAUACGACCAAGCAAUGAUGUUAUUUGAAAAGACAUUAAACAUCUAUCGAUCAUCAUUACCCGAUUCGAAUUAUUUACAUUUGACUACACUUUACAAUGAUAUUGGUUCAGUAUAUCAAUUUAAAAAAGAAUAUUUAAAAGCACAAGAGUAUUAUGAAAUGGCACUAGACAUACAUGAAAAAAUAAAUCCUGUAAAUGAUUCAGAUUUAGUAAUUACAUAUGGUAAUUUGGCAGAAAUUUAUAAAUACUUUCGUGAUUAUUCUCAAUCUUUACGAUUCUACCAAAAACAGUUAGAUAUUUAUAAAAAAUCUACACCUUUGAAUUAUUUAAAAUUGGCUACUACAUACGAAAAUAUGGCUGAGAUUUAUUACAAUAUGAAAGAAUAUACCGAAGCAUUACAAUUAUUUCGAAAGGUUUCUAAAAUUCGAGAAGACCAUUUGCUUCGAAAUAAUGCAAAAAUAGCCAUGGGUCAUAACAACAUUGGUAAAGUACUUGACAAGAUGGGACACUAUCUAGAAGCAAUGGUGAAUUUUCAACAAACACGAGGCAUUCUGGCAAAAUCUGCUCCGGUGAACUUUUUAGAAUUGGCCAUGGCUUGUUAUAAAAUAGCUGAGAUCUAUAAGAAAAUGGGGAACCAGCUAAAAGCCCUCGAGUUAUAUCACGAGACGUUAAUAAACUUGGAUAGAUCUUCAUAUCGAAAAAAAACGAGCUCAGCGACUAUACAUGACAAUAUUGGUCAAAUUUAUGAAAGUAUAGGUAAAUAUGAAAAAGCAGUCAUCUCUUAUAGACAAGCCAUCCAGAUUGAACAACUAUUGUCGUCUCAAAAUGAUUCUCAACUUCAAUUAUAUAAAAAACAUCUUGCUAAAGUUCGCAGAACGAUUAAAUAG